CGUGUCUCCUGGGCACUACAGUUUCUCCGCUAAGUUGUCAUCAUGCCUAACAACAACGCCAGCACAACCUUGGCUACUACUCACAAAGCUGUUAAACAACUGCGGCUGGAGGCGAGUGUCCGCCGAAUUAAUGUGUCUCAGGCAGCUACGGAUCUGAAGAAUUUCUGUCUUCAAAACGCUCAUAAAGACCCAUUGCUGAUGGGUGUACCGUCCGGUGACAAUCCUUUCCGCCCACCGAAGUCAUGCGGGCUUCUCUGAGAGCUGCUGAUAGCUGAAGAGGGUCAUCUGAAGGAGCCUCUGGGAACACUACACAUACCCCACUGCAGAGAAAACUCCUCUUGAUGCAUUUGUCUGCUCAAAUGGACUUUUAGCUCUACUCUGAAAACUUUUCUUACACUGUGCAACAUGGUACGAUCCACAGGAAUACAUUUGUACAGUGCAAUGCUGUAUUAACAUUGCCUUAAAACUACAUCACCCUUAAUUCCAGUCUGAUUGAGAGGUCCAGUUCCCCAUUACAAGGAUUUGAUUUAAAAUGAUCAAGGCUGGUGUUCUCUAUAUUGGUAUCCACUCGGUACAUACCCUAUAUUACCCUCUAAUAGCAGGAGGUACAGAUUUAAAAGUAGAACUAGAAAUAUACAUUUCUCAUCCAAGUAAAAAGACUGUUUGAAAUAGGAAUCCUGAACACAACCUUGCACACAAUUGUAAGAGCGUGAAGUGGACCCUUCAAAGCAGGACUGUUCAUUAUUUAAUGUGACCUCACUACAGUCCACCUUUUCAGCAAACAAAAAUAUUUGGGGGGAGGUGGGUACAUAUGUUGCAAUCACCAGUGAUCAUCUGUUACCUUUUUAUAUGAAGAAGAAAAGGGUAUUUACUAGAUAUAUAUUGGAGUGUUUUAUUAAAUUUGCUAGCUGUAAUUUUGAGAAAUAAUCCUCUACUAACUUAUUAUGGUUAGGGUGUCCUGGGCAACAUGACUUGUUCAGGUGUGCAUGUGAAUGAAUCUCUGCAGGGAAGUAGAUCUCCAAGAGCACAAUUAGGGUAGCCCUGUGUUAAUGGUUUUGGGGAAUCAGGUCUACGUUGCUGCAUCAUGUGGUUACAUUUGCUGAUUUUAGAAUUAUUUUAAAAGUUGUGUUAUGAAUCAACCCUUAAUUUAAGUGUCUCAACAUUUAUAGUCAUGCACAGCACUGUGUCACUGAUGUCUUGAAUAUAACUGAAUGGAUGAUUAGUGAAAUCUAGAGAAAGAGUCCAGAGCCAAAGUUAUUUUCAUAGUUCUGGCAGGUUGUCAUAUGGUUGAAAAUAACAGCUGUAAUCUUUUUAAUGGUUAAUUCUGAUUAAUUUCAGCGAAUGCAAAUCGCAAAAAACGUUGUAAACUGGCUGUCUCAACAGCACACGCCACACCUGUAUGGAAGAGAAGCAAGCAUCUCAAGUCCAAAUGCACCUUUGCUUUAUUUAGCUCCAACCUCCAAUACAGCCGUGUCUAGUAGUGGGAGCAUCUCCAGCACUUUGAUCAGCUGAACGAGGUGCUUUUGUGCACUAUGACAAUUCAGGAUGUCAACUACACACCCCUAAUAUGAGCCUCAUAAAACUAAGGUAGUCAAAACCGAGGCCGUUGUUAUUGCAGUGCAGUGUUAAUCAGUAGCAUCUGAGUAUUGGAGCUAAACUCUGCAGAGUACUAGAGUCCCAAGAACCAGAAUACUAACCACAUGGCACCACUAUGAACACUUCCUUCUGCUUUACAGUAAACUUUACACUGAUGCUGUGGGUGAGCCAGCAAGGCACAGUAUUGGUUAUAGGCAUCCCACUACACAUUGCCCAGCCCUGGUUUGUAAACAUGGGAUUUUGGUUAUGUUUGGUUUAGAUUUUGUUAAAUCCUAAUUCAGUGCUGAUACUUGACUUAUGCAUAUUUCCUUUCUCUAUCUGUUUUUCUAGCUAGAGACUUUAACCAGUGUGCCUUCCUGUAAAGCUUCUGAACAUUCCUCAUUUAUGUACUUUUCAGUAAAGCAGUCUGCUUAUGAUUCUGA